UGGGGAUGACCGUGAUGUGUCGGUUAGUAGAUGCGGAAGGAAUUCCUUUGGGUAACCCAAUGUAUAUCUCUGAGCAAGCAGGGCCAUUGCAGCUUACCGAGCUUGCCAAUAGAUUUCUCAACAAUGAAGAGAAGUUGCCCUACGCUUUCUAUGUAUCAGGCGAGGAACUUGUUGUGCCUGUCGGAACUUACAUAGAGAAAAACAGAGUGUCCGUGGAGAACAUUUUGACGAUAGUGUAUCGACAACAAGCUCUUUUCCGAACUCGCCCAGUUAACCGUAUUUCUGCUAGCAUAGCUGGUCAUCAGGGUGCAAUUCUGUGUGUUUCUUUCAGUCCUGACGGUAAGCAGUUAGCAAGUGGCUCAGGUGAUACUAGUGUCCGGCUCUGGGAUCUCAACACUCAAACUCCAAUGUUUACAUGCAGAGGGCACAUGCACUGGGUUCAGGCAGUUGCAUGGUCUCCAGAUGGUAAGCACCUUGUUAGUGGUGAUUUUGCUGGCAAAAUCUGUUGCUGGAUACCCAAAACCGGAAAGCUAGAUGGCAUCCCCCUAAGAGGCCACAGACAAUGGAUUACUAGCAUCUCCUGGGAACCAGUCCACCUUAACUACCCUUGCCGUCGCUUUGUAACUUGUAGCAAAGAUGGGGAUGCAAGGAUAUGGGACAUCACUCUAAAAAAAUCUCUAACUUGUCUCACUGGACAUACUCGUGGCUUGACUUGUGUCAAAUGGGGGGGAGAGGGAAUUAUAUAUACAAGUUCUCAAGACUGUACAAUAAAGAUGUGGGAAGUUACUCAGGAGGGAGCUCCAUGUUUGAAGGCAAAUUUGAAGUUUCAUGGACAUUGGGUGAACUUCCUUUCAUUGAGCACAGAAUAUGUUCUCCGGACAGGAGCCUUUGACCACACUGGAAAACAAUCUUCUUCGCCUGAAGAAGUUAGAAAGGCUGCGCUCAAAAGAUACGAACAAGCCAAAGGAAAUUCCGGUGAAAGACUAGUCUCAGGUUCUGAUGACUGGACAAUGUUUCUUUGGGAACCGUCUGUUAGCGAUCAACCAAGAAAGCGAUUGACCGUUCCUUCGUCUGUUAGCGACCAACGUAAAAAGCAAUUGACCGGUCACCAGCAGCUUGUAAACCAUGUGUAUUUCUCACCUAAUGGACAGUGGAUUGCAAGUGCGUCGUUUGAUAAAUCUGUCAAGAUAUGGGAUGGUAUCACGGGUGACUUUAUUACAACUUUGCGAGGCCAUGUUGGACCUGUUUACCAAAUCAGUUGGUCCCCGGACAGUAGGAUGCUUUUAAGUGGUAGCAAAGACUCUACUCUUAAGAUAUGGGAUAUUGGACAGAGAAAGUUAAAGCAAGAUCUUCCUGGUCAUGCGGAUGAGGUUUAUGCAGUGGACUGGAGUCCAGAUGGUGAGAGAGUAGUCUCCGGUGGUAAAGAUAAAUGUCUGAAGCUAUGGGUGGGUUGAAGAGAGAGCAGCUUGAGC